AUGUCAAAGGGACGCGUGGAAGCUGCCAUUGCACAAUGGGCCAGCAGCAGAUUUAAGAAUCAAACAAAGCUAGUCUGCAAUAACUCCAGCCUCUCCUCUUGGGUGACAACGACGAGUAAAAAGAAUGCUGUAACAAAGCCAUGUUCCGGUCUACACGACAAAAACUGGAAGCGACCACGAGGCAAGACUACCAUUGCCAACUGUAUCAAGCAUUCACCAACACCUUACCACGGGGCAAAGCGUUGGAAAGUCUGUCUUCGACUUUUUGGAACUACUCACGAGAUUACACUGUCGGAUGAACAACGCCAACAACUCCAUUCGACCCUAGAAGCCGAAGCGACCUGGAUGAUCAAGCGACACGGGGCGCAGGCAGCAAUCCACUCAGUUGAAUGUACCCGAACAGUUGUCACUACUUCAAAGGUGGAGUUUCCAAUCUGUGAGAAUUGUGAAGCUUUGAAGAAGCAUGCGGCAAAUCCGACUUGUCCAAGAUACGAUGUUGUGUACAAGGAUGGACUGGAAAACUCUCUUGACACAGCAGUGGCGGCAGCAGCCAAGACUGUUGAUGAACAGCAGCGGACCGAUGUGCUCAUGUCUAAUGUACCAGAUGAGAUUGACCAGCAAAUCUUUGAUAAUGUGGCAUUGUCUUUGUUUGCUAUUCUGAAUCACAAUCAGUCAAACCCUUCGGAAGCACGUAGCCAAGCUGCAUUGGCUGACUUGGCUGGAAUUGAUCACAAAAUCGAUACAUUUGUCUUGAAUAAUCAAGAUGGCAUCAAUUUGGAACAUCCCCAAUUACUUCAGCUACGAUUGGCCCACGAGAGAUUUGAGAGCCAGAUAAAAGCUCUGAAAGGCGCUCAAGUUGAAGGAUUAGAAGAUGAAUAG